ACCCUUCUCUCUGCUAUAAAUAGACCUCACUCAUGAAGUAGCACUCACAGGUAUACAAAAAAAACUCACUCAUACGUUACCAUCAUCAUCUGUUAACAUGUCGUCGAAAACUGUUGGUCAAGUCAUCAAGUGCAGAGCUGCGAUUGCAUGGGAGGCUGGGAAGCCGCUGGUGAUUGAAGAAGUAGAGGUGGCGCCACCACAAGCCGGUGAAGUUCGUCUCAGGAUACUCUACACCUCCCUUUGCCAUUCAGAUGUUUACUUUUGGGAAGCUAAGGGUCAAACUCCAUUGUUUCCUCGUAUACUAGGUCAUGAAGCUGCCGGGAUUGUGGAGAGCGUAGGUGAGGGUGUGACUCAUUUGAAACCAGGAGAUCAAGCCCUGCCAGUAUUCACAGGAGAGUGUGGGGAUUGUCCACAUUGUCAUUCAGAGGAGAGCAACCUGUGUGAUCUUCUCAGAAUCAACACUGAAAGAGGUGUCAUGCUCAACGACAACAAGUCUAGAUUCUCUAUCAAGGGACAGCCCAUACAUCAUUUCGUCGGUACUUCCACAUUCAGCGAGUACACUGUGGUUCAUGCUGGAUGUGUAGCAAAGAUCAACCCUGAUGCACCCCUUGACAAAGUUUGCAUUCUCAGUUGUGGAUUCUGCACUGGUUUUGGUGCUACUGUGAAUGUUGCAAAACCAAAACCAGGCUCUUCUGUUGCUAUCUUUGGACUUGGAGCUGUUGGCCUUGCUGCUGCUGAAGGGGCAAGGAUCUCUGGUGCAUCAAAAAUCAUUGGAGUUGAUUUGUUCCCCAGCCGAUUUGAAUUAGGUACAUUCUUUUUAUCUUCCAUCAAAUGCUUUAAGAUUGUGGUCAACAUAAAUUCAAUGCCUAUUCUUUUAUGGAAGACAUUUCUUAUGAUUUUCUUGUUCGCAGCUAAGAAGUUUGGGGUAACCGAUUUCAUAAACCCGAAAGAUCAUGACAAGCCUGUUCAACAAGUAAUAGCUGAAAUGACGAAUGGAGGUGUGGAUCGUGCUGUUGAAUGUUCCGGUAGCAUUCAGGCUAUGAUCUCAGCAUUCGAAAGUGUCCACGAUGGUUGGGGUGUUGCGGUACUUGUUGGACUUUCAAAAAAAGAUGAUGCCUUCAAAACUCAUCCUAUGAACUUCUUGAAUGAAAGGACUCUGAAGGGUACCAUCUAUGGAAACUACAAACCCCGCACUGAUCUUCCUAAUGUUGUUGAGAAGUACAUGAAAGGAGAGCUGGAACUGGAGAAAUUCAUUACACACAAAAUACCAUUUUCAGAGAUUAACAAAGCUUUUGAUUACAUGCUGAAAGGAGAGUCCAUCAGAUGUAUCAUCAAAAUGGAUGAGUAAAACUCUAAAACUGUGAUGUAAUAGUCCCAACUAGGGGACUGAGGUCACUCUCUAGUUAUGUGAAAAUAAAUGUAAUAAAUAAUCCUUUUUGGAUUAUAGAGUUUGUGAAGUUUGUACGUAAGCAACUGUGUUGAUGUGCUGGGAUAGUCUAAUGAUGAUAAAUUAGACUUUGAGUU